CUGAAGAUAUGUGGUGUAAAAUUCUCAUUGUGGUGUUGGGCAUUUCCCUCGCCAACGCCGAAACACGCUAUGACGGGUACAAAGUACUGCGCAUCCUGCCCAAGACCGAAUUUGAGGUGCGCUACUUGAGAACGGUGCAAGAGAAGGGCGUGGAAAUAGAGUUGGAUUUCUGGCAAGAGCCUACCACUGUGGGUAAAUACGUUGAUGUCAUGCUCAGUGAAAACCAAGCCAACGUAUUCAUGAGAACUCUGUCUUCUAUGGCCAUGGAGGCAAAAGUUUGGAUAGAUGACGUUCAGGGCAUCAUAGACGAACAGGCGGCGUCUAGGUUAGAAAGAAGUGACGCCCUCGAUAACUUUUAUAACGUAUAUCACACGUUUGAUGAGAUAAAUACGUGGAUGGACACCAUCGUAACUACAUAUCCAAGUCUCGCUUCGCAAUUUACAGUCACUACGUCAUACGAAGGCCGAAAAAUCACUGGACUCAAAAUUGGAUCCGCGGGAUCAAACAAGCCGGCUGUUUUCCUCUGCGGAUGUGAGCAUGCACGUGAAUGGAUUUCAACAGCAGUGAUGCUUUACACCGUAGGAUUGCUUAUUGACAACUAUGGUACCGACCCUGAAGUCACUGAUUUAAUGGAUUCCGUAGAUUAUUACAUCGUUCCCGUGUUGAACCCUGAUGGAUACGUAUGGUCAUGGACUGACGAUCGCAUGUGGCGUAAAACUAGAAGCCCGAAUGAGGGGUCCGUUUGCGUCGGUACAGAUCCGAAUAGAAAUUGGGGAUACCAAUGGGGAACCGGUGGUAGUAGUUCACUUCCAUGUGCUUCGACUUACAUGGGAACGGAACCAUUCUCCGAAGUGGAAGUUUCCGGCACCGCACAGUUCCUAGCAUCGAUGCCAAACAUCAAAGUAUUUGCAGAUGUACAUGCCUAUUCGCAGAUGUGGAUGAGUCCCUGGGCAUAUACCCAUGAUUUACCCGCAGACUUUACCGAACAGAAUCGGCUAAAUCAACUAUGCGCAGAAGCAAUACAGUCUGUUUACGGCACCGUAUACGAGUAUGGAACGAUUGCCAACGUUAUUUAUGUAGCUAGCGGGAGUAGUGGAGACUGGACGUACAAUGACUUGGGUAUACUUUACUCCCAUGCGGUAGAACUACGUGAUACUGGCGAGUACGGUUUCCUACUUCCUGAAGACCAAAUUGAACCAUCUGGAAUUGAGACAUUCGAAGCUUUCAAAGAGCUCGGCUAUGCAGCGGCCGGCGCUUAAAUCACUCUCGAUUUGGGUCGAAGUUACUGACUAAAACGACAAUGACAUGUUGAGAAUAAGUUUUCAGUCAUUUCAAUAAAGGAAUACAAAAUGUAAA